UUGAUCGUGAUUGGCCACUUCCAUCACAUCACGCCAACGCCAUCUCUCGCUCGCAUCGCUCGCUCGCUCGACUUGAUCUGCUUGGAUCGGAUUGGAUCGGAUUCCAUUUUUAGUUUAGGGCUCUUGAGUCCAUCCACGCGAUGGAGGAGGAUGUGGAGAAGAUGGCGGCUGCGGACGCCUUCGCAGAGGAUCGGGAGGUGUGUGUGCUGCUAGAUCAGGUGUCGGUGCUCGCCCACCUGGCAACAUUUGGGAUUCUUGGAGUGCUCUUGAGGUAUGGACUGGAGCAGCUCUUUGGCCCGACCAUAGCUCAAGUUACGGAUACAAGCAGUGCUUUGUUCAUCGAUCUUCCAGCCAAUAUGCUCGGAUGUUUCUUCAUGGGCUGGGUGGGAGUUGUGCUCAAGAAAGAGAUAGCACACUUCUCCGAGCACUUAGCGGUGGGACUUUCUACCGGUUUGAUGGGAAGCAUCACCACGUUUGCGUCGUGGUCGCAAAGCAUGGUGAGGAUCAUCACCGCCGGCUGCUGGGUGAGAGGAUUGUUGGGCUUUCUCCUGGGAAUGGAGCUGGCUAUGAUGUCUCUGCUCAUCGGCAUUGAUUCCGCAAACUUGCUCCUGGCAUGCAAGCUGGAUGAUGCCACCACCGAAGCCUCAAAGUCGAAGAAGCCGAAGAAGCUCUACUGGAGGCACACGACGCAGCUCCUCCUCUUUGUGUUCCUCAGCAUUGGCCUCUGGACGAUGGCUUUCUUCCUGCUGUUUCGCGAGAACGACUACAGGAGGAAGAAGCUAUGGAUCGCUUGCACGCUCGCUCCUCUGGGAGUGUGGCUCCGCUGGUGGCUCUCCAAUCUCAAUGGCCGGGGCGUCGCUGGAAGGCUCUGCUGGCUUCCAACGGGGACUCUGUGUGCCAACGUCACUGCCUCCUUGGCCGAGUUCGUCCUCAACAUCCUGGAGCUCCUCGGGGUGGUAUCGAAUCACCAGCUGCUGCUAGUGUCUGGAGGGAUCCAAUUUGGAAUGCUGGGGUGCAUGAGCACGGUGUCGACGCUCGCAGCGGAGAUUUACUGGCUGGAGCGUCGCGCAGUGGGAUGGAAGAGGUGUGGCUAUGCGUACGCUUGCUUGAGCAUUCUCGUGACGCUCUUGGCUGGUCUCAUUAGUUUCUCGGCCGUGGCGUGGAUCCAUGGCGGCGUGCUUCUCCUCAGCUAGGCACAAAAUCAAUCAACUUUAAGAAUAUUCUGUCUAUAAGUAGCCAUAUUCUGUU